AGCUCUCCAGUAUUAAAAGAGUUUUCGCGAAUUGCGCGUGGUCAAUUGAUACUGCAUUUGAAUAUACAUAAAUUAUCGUCGGCAAAAGAAAAUACGUAUUUCCAACGUAAACACAGCUGAUUUGGGUGAAAAAAAAAAAUCAAACGGAUUUAAGAUUGUGAAUUUUUCAUUAAUUCAAUACAAAAAAAAAGUUCAGUAACAUAAUGAGCGCCUGGAAGAAUAAUCAAGAGAUCGAGAUAUUUCGUGAAUACCUACGUAUACCUAGUGUACAUCCAGACGUGGACUAUACCGCUUGCGUAGACUUCCUGAAAAAGCAAGCAACCGAUUUGGGAUUACCAAUUGCAGUUUAUCACUCCGCCGGUCCAACCAAGCCCGUCGUUGUCAUAACAUGGGUGGGAAAGCAACCAGAGUUGCCGACGAUCGUUUUGAAUUCACACAUGGAUGUAGUGCCCGUGUUUCCCGAGAAAUGGACACAUCCACCAUUUGCUGCCGAUAUCGACGAGGAGGGUCGUAUAUUUGCACGUGGUUCACAGGACAUGAAAUGUGUGGGCAUGCAAUAUCUGGCGGCGAUACGUGCGCUACGUAAGAACGGUGUGACCUUAAAGCGUACAAUUCAUGUGAUUUUCGUGCCGGAUGAGGAAAUUGGUGGUACAGAGGGCAUGCGCGUAUUUGUUAAAUCAAAGGAAUAUAAGAACUUAAAUGUUGGCUUCUCACUGGAUGAGGGCAUAGCAUCGGCGGACGAGACUUUCCCAGUGUAUUAUGCGGAGCGUAGCAUUUGGCAUGUUCACUUCAUAUUUAGCGGCACAGCCGGGCACGGUUCGUUAUUGCAUAAGAAUACCGUUGGUGAGAAACUGCACUUUAUUCUCAAUAAACUGAUGGACUUCCGUCAACACGAAGUGGAACGAUUAGCAAAAGAUAGUUCUCUAACGAUUGGUGAUGUUACAACCAUUAACCUAACCAGUCUCAAUGGUGGUGUGCAAAGUAAUGUGGUGCCACCUACAAUGGAAGCUGUUUUUGAUAUGCGUUUGGCCUUAAAUGUGGAUCAUGAUGAUUUCGAGAAGCAGCUUAACAAGUGGUGCGAGGAAGCUGGUGGUGGUGUUGAAAUCAAAUUUGAACAAAAGCAACCCAAAGUGGAAGCCACAAAAAUUGAUAACUCCAAUCCAUUUUGGUUGGCCUUCAAGCGCGCGACAACGGAGCUUGGCCUGAAAAUCAAACCACUUGUCUUUCCUGGUGGUACCGACAGCCGUUAUAUACGUCAAGUUGGCAUCCCAGCCAUUGGUUUCUCGCCGAUGAACAAUACACCUGUGCUGUUGCACGAUCAUGAUGAGUUUCUACAAGCAGAUGUGUAUUUAAAAGGAAUUGAUUACUAUAAGACAAUUAUUCCAGCUGUUACUAACGCUUAGACUGCGCUUGUUUCUAUUGAAUUUUGUAUAGAAAAUGUAUAAUUUUUAUUAUGAUUUUAGGUGGGAAAUAAAUAUAGAAGAUUUUGCAAUUGGUUUUUAACUAA